AGCGAUCUAGUCCAUUUAAAAUAUAGUAUGUUUUUUUCCCCCUGUAAUUUGAAGAUAACUCAUUGAUCUGACAAGUCUAGUAUCUCACUUCGGGCAGAAGAAACGUGGGGUGCUUGGAAGCUUACCACGUAAAACAAAUAGCUACUUUGCCUAGACUAGACGUGUAAAUUCAUGAGACCAAAGUAUGAGUAAUUUAGUUAUGGAAAAAGACAGGAAAAUAAACGCCAUGGAGGAGAUCAGGCCAGCGCCUUCACCAGCGGAAACAGCCACCCACACCACCACCACUGCUACAACCGCCGACGCAAACCAAGAAAAGUCAGCUAUGUCACGAGUGAAGAAAGAGUGCUUAUCUUUUGCAGUUUCAGUGCAAGAAAGCUUUCGCUAUAUCAAAGCCAAACUUGUCGGUCAGGCGAAGAAGAUAACAGCAAGAAACGAGAAGGAAGUAGCUGCAGCUGAUUUACAGGCGUCUAAGAUGGAGGUUCAAGCUGCUGAUGAAGCUGAAAAUCUCAAGAAUUCUCUCUAAUUUUAAUUCUCUGAUGUCAUUUUUAGCAGGGAAAUGCAAAGUUGUAUGUAUCGGAGCUAAAUAUUAAGACUCUAGGCAAAAUUUUAGUCGCUAAAUAUUUGUGUUAUUUUAUUUGAUGAAAGUUUGUAAUUUAUUUUAAUUUAAACAUUUUAUUUUAAAGCUACAAGCACAAUUGU